GCGGGGUGAAAGGUCACAGCGCGGCGGCGGGUCUGGCUGGCGGCAGCUGCGGGCGGGAGCCGAGUGUCCCGUGUGCACGUGUGGCGGAGCGGCGGCAGCAGCGCGGCGGCGGACCUUCCCGCGUCUCCCCGGAGCUUCGGGGCCCGGCUUGGCUUCCGUGGCCUCCUCGGCGCCCUUUCCCUCCGCCGUGAGGCCGGCGUGUGGGGUCGAGUGGCCUGAGCGCAGGGCGCGGAGUGCUCCUGGCGGCGAGGACGACGGCGUUGGUCGCGGCUGUAACGACGGCCUCAGCAGGCGGGGAAGAUGAAAGGUAGCCGGAUCGAAUUGGGGGAUGUGACACCACACAAUAUUAAACAGUUGAAGAGAUUGAACCAGGUCAUCUUUCCAGUCAGCUAUAAUGAUAAAUUCUACAAGGAUGUGCUAGAGGUUGGCGAGCUAGCAAAACUUGCAUAUUUCAAUGAUAUAGCUGUAGGUGCGGUGUGCUGCAGGGUGGAUCAUUCACAGAAUCAAAAGAGACUUUACAUCAUGACACUAGGAUGCCUUGCACCUUACCGAAGACUAGGAAUAGGAACUAAAAUGCUUAAUCAUGUCCUAAACAUCUGUGAGAAAGAUGGCACUUUUGACAACAUCUAUCUGCAUGUCCAGAUCAGCAAUGAGUCAGCGAUUGACUUCUACAGGAAGUUUGGCUUUGAGAUUAUUGAGACAAAGAAGAACUACUAUAAGAGGAUAGAACCUGCAGAUGCUCAUGUGCUUCAGAAAAACCUCAAAGUCCCAUCUGGUCAGAAUGCAGAGACACAAAAGACAGACAACUGAACAAAUUACAAAUGAACUUUCUUGCACUUGCUUGUCGCCAAAUAAAGAAAGACCCAUUGAUUUCCCCUCCCCCUUUUCUUCAGCUUUCCUCCCUUGUUAUUCUUCCUUUCUCUCCUCUUAAAGUUUUUAAUACUUUCAAGAACUCUUAAAAAUGAUCAUGUUUGGAUUGUUUUAGUUCUCUUAUUUUUGUGAGGUGGUUAGGUUGAAGGCAGGAGAAGAUAGGUCUGUAUCCUUUCACAGUUAAGAUGUCCCCAAAACUGGGAGUCAGAUGAUUUCGAUUUUUAGCUAUUUUUUUAACAUCCUGCUUUCACAUUGAAGGGCAGAGCCUACAAUAUUGUUUAUUUCAAAAGACAAAAAGAAGCAGCAGCAAUAUCUUCUCUAAUUCGUAGACAAGCUUAGUGUAUUUGUGGUACUUUGAGUUUUAAAGACUAUCUGUGGGAUGCUAAUCCCUGAUAUUGCCUUCACUCUACCUUUCGUCCUUCAAGCACUCUCAGGAGUUGGACCAUUGUUAUCCUUGUGAGAAAAUACUAAGCUUAUUUAGGUUUAAAAGCAGUUUUUCUCUCUAUUUGCUGAUUGGUGGGGCAGUUUGUGUAGGUAGUAUUAGACUUUGAUCAAAGUAUUUCAGUUAAACUGCUACUAAAGCUGAUGAGUGGGUUGCUUGUUAGCAGAUGUUGUUUUGUUUUGUUUUUUUCCUUCCUUCCUGCUGUUAAUAUUUUUACUAGAGGCAUUAACUUGUAGAGUAUGAGCUGGUGAAAUGAACUGUUUUAAUAUCCCAGCUAGAAAUAUGGCCUUUAACUGACCUAAAGAAAAUUGUUAUAAUUGGUUUUCUUCUCUUGUUUUUCAGUAAGCCCAAUAAUAGUGUAACCUUAUACAUGGAGUUAUGUCCUUAUAAGCCAAUACCCCUAAAUAAACCUGAAGCAAGUGUUUUCUCUUGGACAUACAAAA